GUUCAUCUUGUCUCCUGCUUUACAGUCAACCAGACCCUCACAGUGCACUUCAUCCCAACAGCUAUCAGCGAGCUCCCAUGUUGCUAUGGCACAGUACAGAGGAUUCAAGCAGCUCCUCGGAUGUGUGGCAUCCAUGUUUCUCUUUGCGUUGUCCUUUUACCAAUGGGACAUGUCACAACAAAAACGAGAGGAGAGGAUCCAUGAGACGCAGGAGCUGAGGAAGCAGCUGCUGAGAGAAACAUGUGCCGGGGACAAAGAGACAUUCAAGCACCGUUUAGAAGACGUCAGAGACAAAGAGCUGGAGAACCUCAUUGUGGACGACAAACACGGCAUCAUCUACUGUUACAUUCCCAAGGUGGCGUGCACCAACUGGAAGAGAGUGAUGUUUUCCCUGACCCAGGACGAGCCGUAUCCUGACCCCGUCUCCAUUUCUCCUGAUUUAGUCCACCUCCCCAACACUCUGCCUCUCCUGAACAGCUUCCCAAGACCAGAAAUGAAGGCCAAGCUGAAGCACUACACAAAGUUCCUGUAUGUCCGGGACCCAUUUGUGCGUCUCAUCUCCGCUUACAGAAACAAGUUCCGGCAACACAAUGAGUACUUCUACCAAGAAUAUGGCCGGCAGAUUCUGCGCCUGUAUGCAAACCAGCCUGACCCUCCACAGAGUGUGGACGAGGCCAACGCAUCCGGGAUGAGGGUCUCCUUUCAGAACUUCAUCCAGUACCUGCUGGACCCGCUGACGGAGAAGAAGGAGCCGUUUGAGCCCCACUGGAGGCAGAUGCACCGCCAGUGCCACCCUUGUCUCAUAAAGUAUGAUUUUGUGGGCCAUCAGGAGACUCUUCAGCAGGACGCCUCACAGCUGCUGAAGAUCCUAAUGCUGCAGGGCGACAUCCAGUUCCCUCCUUCCUAUGAAAACAUGACCACACCUGCUUUUCUGUUAGAAUGGUUCAGCGCAGUGCCCCUAGAGGACAGGAGGAAGCUGUACGAGCUCUAUGAGGAGGACUUCAGGAUGUUCGGCUACCAAAGGCCUAGAGAACUGCUGGAUGGUUGAGAGGAAGUCAUGACCACUAACUCGCUGCUGAGCAAAGAACAAUCUGUUAAGGACAUGGCAAAUACUCAACCACCUCAACUUAAGUUAUUAUAAGCAUUAUGGUUAUUUACAAGGCAUUUGUCUUUGCACAAAAGUCUGGGGAAUUAUUGUUUAAGGGGUUAGGAUUAAUAAAUUAAUACACAAAAGCACAAAAGACUCAUUGACAUGAAACACAGGUGGAACAAACCAAGGUGGGGCAGACAAUUACAAUGGCGGGAAAACAAACGGAGGAAGAAAUGAAACAAAAAAAGACACCAUGGAUGGAAUGAAGUCUAGUAUGUUGGAAAAAAAUGUUAUAAAAAUGGUCAUGAGAUAAAAAUCAUAGUACAUCAAAAAGUCUCAACCAAAAUGUCAAACUUAAAGGAAAUGUAAUAUCAAUGGAACUGUACUUAUGGAUCAAUGUAUUAUAUAUCUUAAUAAAGGUCCACACACUCAG